GUUUCUUAGGGUACUGAGAGGGAUUAUGAACGUGCAGCAGAGGCUUACAAGCAUGCUAGAUCCCAAUCUAAUGCACAAGCUAUGUUCAACCUGGGUUACAUGCAUGAGCAUGGACAAGGUUUACCUUUGGAUCUCCAUCUUGCCAAACGCUACUAUGAUCAAGCCCUAGAGAUUGAUGCAACAGCCAAGUUACCAGUCACACUAGCCCUUGCUAGCUUGUGGAUACGAAAGAAUUAUCCCAAUGGUUUUCUGGUCUGUGUGAUUGACUCAUUGCCUGAGGUGUAUCCAAAAUUAGAAGAAUGGAUAGAUAAUGUGUUGCUGGAGGAAGGAAAUGCAACAAUAUUGACUCUUUUUGUAUGUCUCCUCACUGUCCUAUAUCUCCGUGAGCGACAACGCAGGCAUGCUGUAGUAGUCCCUGGUGGAGUGGCUAUGCCGCCCAAUCCAAACGAACUUGUUGCACCUGUACCCAAUUAGCUUUAUAGCAAUAGUGCCGUCACCAGUUCACCAAUUAAAUGGUUUUCUUGGUUGCUCUGUGUUUACAACAAAAUGAACAAAUACUUUCCUCCUAGGAUAUAUG